GCCUAAGCCCAGCACGCUGGGGCCCGGUUCGUUAUGGCAUCGGCAGUGGCCCGUUAUCCGGAGAGGAUUUAGGCUUGCUAGUAGGCACUGUUGUCCAGUGCUAGGAGGUGUCAACGAAAACUCCGAAUCUACCCUCACGGAGAUCAUUCGUUAUGCACUGGAUAGUGAUGUUUGUUUAUUGCUAGUUACAGUCGUUUGACACUUUAACUCACGUCGACUCUCACCGGCUGCCGGUCGCUUGGACAACCAGUCGAUCACUGCAGCUCGCUUCGAGUUUUGUUUGUUCCCGCUUCUUGAUGACCCUGAGGGACUUUUGAUCCUCCCAUCGUCCACUCUCCGCCUUUCGACUUGAUAGCUUGCUAGUAAACAAUCCACGACCUGUCAACACGUCCGUUCGGUUCACAAUCGAGCUGGGCUGGUUGAGCUCGGACCGCAUCCCUCUGUCGCUCUCUGAUUGACAUAUACCUGUGCAGGGGGAAGUUAACCAGGCUCUCAAUGUUCGGUAACCCAAUGGAUUAAUUGUUUUCCUAUGGAUCUCAUGCAGCAAGAGAGAAUUACCAAACGUAUAAUCUGAUCCAUACGUGUACCGUCUGCUUGCUCUGAUAACAGAGCAAAUAUGGACCACGAACAGGGAUCUCGCAUUCCUCAUGGUGCUCGUGGCAGCAUACCUCGUCUGUCGCGGCUCCCUAUGCCACGUGCAAUCGCCUCCAGCGACAACCUGAGACUUACCGUUCGAACGCAAGCGGUACCAGGAGCCCGCCAACAUGAACUGCGGAAUAUCUCUCACCUCCCACGGCCCUCGGGGGUCAGCGACCCCUUGGGAGAGACAUUCAAUCGAUCCAUCCGUUCAAGGUAUGGUUGGAGCGAUAAUAAUGGAACCCAGAGACAUGUAUCUCCGGUCAGAGAGGCCCUUCGCGAAACGCAGUCCACCUCUCUUGAGAGGACACCUCCCAAGCCACUCAUUGAACCUCCUAUCCAUGACAACGGUGACGAGAAUCCAAGCAGGAAGGAUGAGGGCAUGCAAUUACACAAGGAGAAGCGCAGACCUCGACCUUCUUUGUCGGAGAGGACGAUGGAGACACUUGCGCAGGUUUCUCCCUGCCCAUCUCCCCAGCGAAGGACGAGUCUAUCGGUACACGACGGCAAGAUGCCUCCACCGUUACGCCCAGCGUCGACUCUCAAGGAAUCUCGCCCAUCCUCUCCGGCAGCAUCUCGCCCAAUAUCACCAACAAGAAAACCAUUCAGACCUCCGGGGAGAAUCUCACCCACCAAAGACAAAUCAGCUCUUCCCCCUGUCAUCUCUCCGGAUGAGAUUUAUACCCCACCCAGGGCUUUCGUAAGAGGCCAGCACACAAUGACCGAGAAGCCUCUGAGACCGCCAAGAAGGUCCAUCAGCUCUGUUUUCGAAGCUCAGUCGCAGGAUACUGUCGAAAACCCCCCUAUCAAAGUCUCUGCCCAAACAGUGAAAGUCAGGCCACACCCUGGAAGCAAAACACUCAACUCCCAGAAUCCAUUGUCUUCCAUCUUCCGAGACCCUUCAACAGAUACACUAGGUCACACCAAGGCUAAGGCACCCAUUGACAACGACCGCGGACGACUUCUCAAGUCACGGUCAACUGGGAAGACUGUGGCUCCCUCAGCUUCAUCUUCAGCACGUUCCAAGACCUUGAAGCCUACGACAGAUAGACAGCCGGCCCAGAGCGUGUCGGCAGUCCCAAGCCCGGAGGCUACCAGCUCGCCGAAGUCUUCCGCCGCUUUACGGCAAGCAGUUGCCUCUGCCAAAGCUGCUAGGAGAAAGGCCGCAACUGGCGGGUUAUCUAAUCCCGUACCAGUUUCAGAGACUCCGGUGUUUAUGUCGCCAUGGAGCAUGGAUGGAUUAAUCAUGGCCGGUGACAACAAGACCUUGCUGCGAACUCGAAUUCAGCAAGCUGCGACCACCGGCAAAUUGGACAUUGUGGGGAUGAACUUGAAACGUCUGCCGGCAGAAGUGAAGGAUAUGUAUAAUGCGGAAAACAGCACGAUUAACUGGUCUGAGAUGGUAGAUUUAGUGAGACUGGUUGCCGCGGACAAUGAGAUUGAGGAGCUGGAGGACCAUUUCUUCCCUGACUAUACUGCAGCCGAGCUGGAGGAUGAUGACGAAAAAAGCAAUCAAUUCGGCGGCCUCGAGACGAUCGACCUGCAUAGAAACAAACUCCAGCAGCUACCUAUCGGCAUCAGACGGCUGGAGAGAUUACAAACGCUGAAUCUGAACAGCAACAGGUUCACCAACGACGUCAUCGACAUUGUCAGUCAAAUUCCCGGGCUGAGAGAACUCAGGCUCGGUGAGAAUGUCCUAAAUGGUGCAUUGAAUUUGCGGGCUGGCCGCUUCGAGCAUCUCCAGGUACUCGAUUUGCACAGCAAUAGGAUCGAGCGCAUUGAUGAAGAAGGGCUUGCUCGACUCAAAAAUCUUAAGGUCCUAGAUAUUUCCCACAACAAGCUCACAACGCUUCCUUGGGAUAUUCUAUCGACGCUACCGCUGACAGAACUGAAUGGGUCAAAGAAUCAAUUAUCCGGAACACUGUUUGGAGGUCAGACUUCCCUUCACGCAUUACGCAGGUUGGAUGUUUCUUAUAACAGACUUGAUGGAGUGUCUGAUGUGGAGCUUGAUCUGCCUGAGCUUCGCUCGCUUGUUCUGGACGGAAACAAAAUAACUCGCCUACCCGACUUGACCAAAUGCAAGGAGCUGCAGAUACUCAGAGCAGCAGAGAAUCAAUUGGAGGACAUACCUCCUUCGCUCGUGCAUUUGCAAACUCUAAAGAGCGGCGACUUUAGCCACAACAACAUUCGGCUUGUUGACACCGGAAUAGCGAGGUUGGCAAACCUUUCAAGCCUCAAUUUGGCGGCCAAUCCUCUCCGAGAGAGGAAGUACCUCACGAUGACGACAAUGGAGCUCAAGAAUGAUCUCGAGCGGAAACUGGCUUCUGAUCAGACGGAUUCAGAGGCUCUGCGUCCUCAGAAUGGGGUAUCUGGUACCCACCGAUAUCAGCCUGCUGGUGGUAUACUGGAUUUAUCCUCCCAGUCCCUUACUGUCGUCCAGCUGCAGGAGGUCGAUCUAAGCCACACAGACGUCCCGAUACACACCUUGAAACUUUCUAACAACGACCUCUCCGAGUUUCCAGUCACACUUCUCUCUCAUCCGGCUCUCAAAUACUCCUUGCGGUCUCUGGACCUCAGCCAUAACCCACUCCAAUCCAUAAAUUAUUUGGGUUGCGAGCUCUUCCUUCCUAAUCUCAAGUCUUUGUUCAUUGUGAGCACAGGGCUCACCUCACUCGACGCCUUAACAACCCAUUUGAAAGCGCCCUGCCUGACAGAACUGAACAUUUCAUGCCACCGACUGACAGGUAAGGUGCCAUGGGUGCGUGCAUGGUGGCCGAGCUGCCAUACCUUACUCGCGACCGACAACUGGUUCACCAGUGUCGAAGUCGAGGGAGUCCGAGGUCUUGAGGUUCUGGACAUACGGAACAACGAAAUUGAUAGUCUACCACCGAAGCUAGGAUUGCUCGGGAACCUUCCGGGCACCACAAAUUCGGGGGGAAAACUCAGAGUCUUGGAAGUCAGCGGCAACAAGUUCCGUGUCCCAAGGCAGUCGGUCAUUGAAAAGGGAAGCGAGGCAAUUCUGAGAGAUCUGAGGCGCAUGAUACCUGAGCAAGAAGUGCCAGAUGAAUGGAAAGACGCUGUUUGAAAAGUCCUUCGCGCUUUGGGUGCCGCUCGUGGCAGAUGCCUUCUUCACUUUUGUUGAAGCGAUUAAGCAAGCGGCUGCAUUGAUAUAUGUACAGAUCCCAUUGACUUUUGUUUUACUGGGCUUGUCACGGGGUUUGGGCAUGGAUUUGUACAGCAAGAUCUUCUGGUGAUCAUGACCAUUCACUCAACCCUAUGUAUUACUAUUAUAUUGUCUUACUGAGGCCAAUGUCGGUAUGUUUUGUAUGAGUAGAUUGACCCAAAAACAUUUACACAAUGUUUCAAAUCAAAAGCCAAAACAGAACUUGAGAUUUUAAUCUCAUUAUCUAGCAUGUACGUAGGAUAAAUAACAGCUGUCUCAAUAAGAGCACGU